AGUUGGGCUGUCAGGCUGGAAGCCACUUGACGACGACGACUCUAUCGAGACGAGAUUAGCGCACCUGCUGCUGCAGCAAUUAAAAGUGGUGUCACAAUGUCAGCCAGCACGGAGAAUAUCCCUUUGUCAUCGUCGUCGGAAGAUGAACUGCGCACUUCGGCCGAUCCCCAUCCGAUGAUUAAGUUCAUCGAGCUGUACGAUAAAAAGCACAAUGUGACGGAAGUUGAGAUCAGCAUCCCGUACGGGAAGAUUGCCGGCAAGUGGUUCGGUCCCAAAAACAUCAAGCCGAUUCUGUGUCUCCACGGCUGGCUGGAUAAUUGUGGAACGUUCGACCGGUUGAUUCCUCUCCUCCCGGAAGAUGUCAGCUUCCUGGCGAUUGACUUCCCCGGCCAUGGGCUCUCAUCCCGCAUUCCAGACGGUAUGGCCUACCACCAGAUGGACUCGUUGGUUGUGGUUCUGUACGUAAUGCAAGAGUACAACUGGGACAAGGUGGCCCUCAUGGGACAUUCGAUGGGCGCAAUCAUCGCGUUCAUGUUCGCCGCCAUGUUCCCCGACAAGGUCGAGUUCCUGAUCGGAAUCGACGCACUCAAGCCGCAAACGCACUAUGCGGGACGGUUCGUCAAAUACGCGGCACCGGCCAUCACCAAGUUUAUCGAAGCGGACGCUCGGAAUCGCGAAAACAGCGAACCUCCAGCGUACACGUACGAAGAAAUGAUCGACAAGAUGCUCGAGGGAACGUUCCAGUCCGUAACGCGUGAAGUGUGUCCGUAUCUGCUGCAGCGGAACAUUAAACCGUCCAAAAAGUACCCCGGCAAGUAUUACUUCAAUCGGGACAACAAAAUCAAGUACAACAACGUUCCCGGCUGGUCGGACGAGGUCAACUUUGAGCUGGCCAAGCAGGUUAGGGCGCCCCAGUUGGUGAUAAAGGCCAUCGAUUCGCCCUAUCCGGGCUCGUGGGAGGGAUUCAAAGCGGUGGUGAAGAUUCUCCGCAAGAACAACCCGCAGUUUCACGUGGAGUACAUAAAGUCGUCGCACCACAUUCAUUUGACGCACCCGGAGAAGGUGGCGCCGGUCGUGACGGACUUUUUGAAAAUGUAUUGGAUUAAGCACAUGGAUAAGGUAGUCAGUAAGCUGUAGAGAGCGUCAAUAAAGAGUUGGGGAGGGAUAAUCUCCGAAAUGGGUGCUAGGAA